AUGGCGCCGGGCACCAAUUACAUGGGUGGCAAGCGGAAUGCUGCGCGUUCUAAGACCAAAGACGCUGCUACCCGGGCACAAAAGCUUCAUUUCAAUCGACAACGUUUGGACGUUAUGACCCAUGCUCUGCGACUUGGUGGACGGACUACAAGCUAUGGGAGGGCACCUCAAGGUGUAGGAAUGAAAGCUACGAGGGAGGACAUCGAACUCUUACAUGCUCACGGCCGAUCUCAACACCCCGAAGAUUUUAUCGUUCGACAACAAGCUCCAGAAACACCUAGUCGUCGCCACAACUACCCGAGAAGAGGGACAAAUACAGAACGUUCAAGCUCUGGUGGCCGCAGUUCGACGUCGAGGGUUUUGCAAGCGCUGGACUCCACAGAGCCCAUCGCGAUGCGUAGUGUCAGGAGUAGGAUACUCUCCUUACCAGACCUGGCUGGUCUUUCCACUGGCGGGACCCUCUCAAUCGUAUCUGUUGCUACACCUCUAACUAAGAGACGACGGUCAUCGUCUCCCCUGGAGUCGGUGGCGACAGACGACUCGUUUAGAAUAGAGAAAGCAAGCAGACAAAAGAAAAGAAUGCGGGAGGAGCCUUCGCCAUUCGUCCAUCAUUUCGAUCCAAUGGAAGAAUACGACGAUUUCGAGCCAGACGAAUAUCCUCAGCAACGAUCGACCCUAAUCGCCAGUCGACCCUCAAGUGCAACAUCAUCCGCAACUUGCUAUGUCAUCGAACCCGAUUAUUCCAUUGACCACUGUGUCGCAGAAGCACUUUUGAACUCCCCAGACGUCUAUCAAGAACCCUUUAACUACCGUCAACUCAACACAGUUUCUCUAUCCACUCAUGCUUCUGGUUUCACCACGCCAUGUAUCAGAACAGACGCAGCUGCUUCGCUUUUCGAAUAUGCAAAUCCCUGGCAUACCAUCGGCGCCAUUCUCGGUUUAGAAGAAGCUCGCACAGAGGAUCUCCAAAUUUCAAUGGACGACUGUCAAGGCGACGAUGCAAUGGACAUACUCCAAUGCGAAGACUCUGAAGAUGUUGCAUACGUACUUGGUCCUGCUAUAACCAACUCCAGACCACCGACUCCUUCGUCUCCAGUCGAUUCUCCUCUUCAUAACCCUAUGCACAUCAAUGUCAACGACAAUAACUCGCCAUUAUCGCACUUGCUCUCCGUUUACAACUCUGAUGAUCCAAGCCGUUCUGAGGAUCAACCGUCUCUUGCUAACCUACCCCGAACUCCUUCUCCACGGUCUCAGAUCAAGAUCCGUUUUCCAGCAUCUUCCACCUCAGUAAAGCAGCCUUCAUCUGAAACCCACUGGAAGAACAGCAGAAUCAACCUACCCACAGCUGGAGUGCAAUCCAGGCUCAACCACAUUGUGGGCUCGGACAGCAGCGAAGAAACCGACAUGACUAUUCUCAGUAGCAACAACCUCAAUCCCUCUUCGAACACGACUAUGAGCACAACGACAAGUCUUUCAUCAAGUUCUCCCCCCUUACCCAGCCAUUCUUUGCCGACGGACUCUGGCCGCUUACCGCAUGCCCAUGAACCUUCGCAACCCCUCAGGCUUGCGCUGGACGAUAAUGUAGCAACACGCACGUUCGGGUUUAUCCGACCAACUACGACCUUUUCAGUGCCAGCACCGCCGUCUUCCUCUCCUCGAGCUCCCAACGCCAUAUUUUCGUUAUCUCGACGGAGUCCUUCAUGCUUUGUCAAUCAGUCUCACACUGGCAGUCAGAUAUAUUUGACUCCUACCACCCAACACAAAUUUGUCAAGUUCCCCGUACCUUGUGCGUCUGAGGAAGACAAAAGACGAUCCGAAACCCUGCAUGGCGCCAGAAUCGUAAAUUCCAAUCAAGUCGAUGGCACACUCAGUCCACUGUUGCCUCAGGAUCAUGUUAGGCCUUCUCGUACUGUACCGAAGCGCACCACGGACUUAUCAUCGCCGUUGAAGCCAGUUGAUGUGGAGAUGCCGAUACGCGUUUUGGACACACAGGACGAGAUUACCGUUGCGAAAUGCUUCGGAGACCUGAGAAUGCGCUUAUUCGAUGACGACGAUCGUAUGGCAGAAAGUGACGAUUGA